GCUGUGUGAAACUAGCAGGCCAAAAGUUCUUAGGAAGCUGCAGCCAAGCAGACUCAGACUGGGAUGGAGGUAGAAAGCUGAUAGAGAGCAAGCUUCAUUCUAACGCCUCUUUGGGCUGAGUUCCUGUUGCUGCUCACUUCUUGGAUUUAGAGGUAGAUUGCACUGGUAGUGUGAAGAGGUCAGUACAGCACCAGCCGUGACAGAUAGGUUUGAAUGCCAUAGUCUAGAUGCCCUCGUAGUCUUUAUUAAAGAAGAUCAAAAGCUCAGCAUAGAUAAUCUACUCAUCAUCCUCAUCUAAUUGCAAACACCAAAAGUGAAGCCACAGAACCUUAAGGAGACUGGGAGGAGAAAAAGUUUAGAGAUGGAUCCAAAUAAUUGUUUCCUUCUGAACUUGGACGUGGACCGUUCUGUAUACUGCAACAGCUCCAAUGACAGUGUGGAGCUCCCCAUGAAUGGAGACUGGUUACACCCGGGGAUCCUCUAUAUUAUUCCUGCAAUUUAUGGGCUUAUCAUCCUGAUAGGCCUCAUUGGCAACAUCACUCUGAUCAAGAUCUUCUGUACAGUCAAGUCCAUGCGAAAUGUGCCAAACCUGUUCAUCUCCAGUCUGGCUUUGGGAGACCUGCUCCUCCUGGUAACGUGUGCUCCUGUGGAUGCCAGCAGGUACCUGGCUGACCGAUGGCUCUUUGGCAGGAUUGGCUGCAAGCUGAUCCCCUUUAUACAGCUUACUUCCGUGGGGGUAUCUGUCUUCACUCUCACAGCUCUUUCGGCAGACAGGUACAAAGCUAUUGUCCGACCAAUGGAUAUCCAGGCAUCACAUGCCCUAAUGAAGAUUUGCCUGAAAGCUGCCUUGAUCUGGAUCAUCUCCAUGCUGCUGGCCAUCCCAGAGGCUGUGUUUUCAGAUCUCCACCCCUUCCAUGAAGAAAGCACCAAUCAGACCUUCAUCAGCUGUGCUCCAUACCCACAUUCCAAUGAGCUGCACCCUAAAAUCCACUCUAUGGCUUCCUUUCUUGUCUUCUACAUCAUUCCACUGUCAAUAAUCUCUGUCUACUACUAUUUCAUUGCCAAAAACUUGAUACAGAGUGCUUACAAUCUUCCUGUGGAAGGGAAUAUACAUGUCAAGAAGCAGAUUGAAUCCCGGAAGCGACUUGCCAAGACAGUUCUGGUGUUUGUGGGUCUCUUUGCCUUCUGCUGGCUCCCCAACCAUGUCAUCUACCUGUACCGUUCUUACCACUACUCUGAGGUGGACACCUCAAUGCUCCACUUUGUCACCAGCAUCUGUGCCCGUCUCCUGGCCUUCACCAACUCCUGCGUGAACCCCUUUGCCCUCUACCUGCUGAGCAAGAGUUUCAGGAAACAGUUCAACACCCAGCUCCUCUGUUGCCGGCCAGGCCUUAUGAGCCGUUCCCAUAGCACUGGCAGAAGCACCACUUGCAUGACCUCUUUCAAAAGCACCAAUCCCUCCGCAGCCACCUUCAGCCUCAUCAAUGGAAAUAUCUGCCAUGAAGGGUAUGUGUAGACUAUACCCCACCAUGCCUUCCCAGGGACUCCUGCUU